AUGCCACCCAGUAUAAAUCCUCUUGACAAAUUUCCAGGUAAGGAUAAGGAUGCUUAUGAGGCUGUUCAUCCACUUGUGAGAACAAAUCCUGUCACUGGGUGGAAGAGUCUUUUCACGGGUGUAAAUUCGCCUCGAGAUGGGUGGAUAAACGGUGUCACAGAGCGGGAAAAUGAGAUACUGAAGGAUUAUUUCAAGCAGCUGUUCGUGGAGAAUCACGACCUCCAAGUUCGAAAUCGCUGGGGCAAAGAUGACAUCGCUAUUUGGGAUGAUCGUUCCGUUGAUCACGUUGCUACCAAUGAUUACUUUGGCAAAAGAACUGCGUAUAGAGUUUCUUCUGUAGGCGAGAAGCCCUAA